UCUUCCUCCUCUCACCUAACACCACCACUAGGGUUUCUCUUCAACCUCUCCUUCUCAUCUCUCCCUCUCAUCUCUCUCCACUCACGUCGUCGCCUUUCCUUCUCUCGCAACCUCGAAAAAAUGGCUUCAUCCACCGCUCAGAUUCACGUCCUCGGCGGAAUUGGAUUCGCCACUUCCUCCAAGAGGAACCUCAACGCCAACGCCAAAGGCAACCUCAAGCCGAGAAGCGCCUUCUUCGGCGCCAGGACCGGUCCUUUCUCCACCCAGACCUCCGCCUUCCUCAAAAUGAACAACACCAGGAGAGGCUCUCGAUACGCUGUAGGACCCGUCCGCGUAGCGAACGAGAAGGUCGUCGGAAUCGAUUUGGGAACGACCAACUCCGCCGUAGCCGCCAUGGAAGGAGGCAAGCCGACGAUUGUGACCAACGCCGAAGGUCAGAGGACGACGCCGUCCGUGGUGGCCUACACGAAGAGCGGGGACAGGCUCGUCGGGCAGAUUGCGAAGAGGCAGGCGGUUGUGAAUCCGGAGAACACGUUCUUCUCGGUGAAGAGGUUUAUUGGAAGGAGGAUGAACGAGGUUGACGAGGAGGCGAAGCAGGUGUCUUACAGAGUUGUGAAGGAUGAUAACGGGAACGUGAAGCUGGAGUGUCCUGCUAUUGGUAAACAGUUUGCUGCUGAGGAGAUUUCAGCUCAGGUUUUGAGGAAGCUUGUGGAUGACGCUUCGAGGUUCUUGAAUGAGAAAGUGACUAAGGCGGUGGUCACUGUGCCUGCUUACUUUAAUGACUCGCAGAGGACGGCUACGAAAGAUGCUGGGAGGAUUGCUGGGUUGGAAGUUCUUCGUAUUAUCAAUGAGCCGACGGCUGCUUCUUUGGCUUAUGGGUUUGAGAGGAAAAGCAAUGAGACUAUUCUUGUCUUUGAUCUUGGUGGUGGUACCUUUGAUGUCUCAGUGCUUGAGGUUGGUGAUGGUGUGUUUGAAGUACUUUCUACUUCUGGUGACACACAUUUGGGUGGUGAUGAUUUUGACAAGAGGGUUGUUGAUUGGCUUGCUUCAAACUUCAAGAAAGAUGAGGGUAUUGAUCUUCUGAAAGACAAACAAGCACUUCAAAGGUUGACAGAGGCAGCAGAAAAAGCUAAAAUCGAGCUUUCAUCUCUGACUCAAACGAAUAUGAGCUUGCCAUUUAUCACGGCCACAGCUGAUGGACCUAAACACAUAGAAACCACCCUCACACGUGCCAAGUUCGAGGAAUUGUGCUCAGAUUUACUGGACAGGUGUAAGACUCCCGUUGAGAAUUCUCUGAGAGAUGCAAAGCUCAGCUUUAAGGAUAUUGAUGAAGUGAUCCUUGUUGGUGGAUCCACACGUAUUCCUGCUGUUCAGGAAGUCGUCAGGAAGCUGACUGGGAAAGAACCCAAUGUCACAGUAAACCCUGAUGAGGUUGUAGCUUUAGGUGCUGCGGUUCAGGCUGGUGUUCUAGCUGGAGAUGUGAGCGACAUUGUCCUUCUUGACGUGACACCCCUAUCCAUUGGUUUAGAAACACUUGGCGGUGUUAUGACCAAGAUUAUUCCAAGGAACUCAACUCUGCCUACUUCCAAGUCGGAAGUCUUCUCCACUGCUGCUGAUGGACAGACAAGUGUUGAGAUUAAUGUGUUGCAGGGUGAGAGGGAGUUUGUCCGGGAUAACAAGUCUCUUGGCAGCUUCCGGCUAGAUGGCAUCCCACCAGCACCACGUGGAGUUCCACAGAUCGAAGUCAAAUUUGACAUCGACGCCAAUGGAAUUCUAUCCGUCAGUGCUAGUGACAAAGGCACCGGAAAGAAACAAGACAUCACCAUUACUGGUGCCAGUACAUUGCCCAAGGACGAGGUAGAGCAAAUGGUCCAAGAAGCAGAAAGGUUUGCAAAGGACGACAAGGAGAAGAGAGACGCAAUUGACACAAAGAACCAGGCGGAUUCAGUGGUGUAUCAAACAGAGAAGCAACUCAAAGAACUCGGAGAGAAGAUUCCAGGUGAAGUGAAAGAGAAGGUGGAGGCCAAGCUACAAGAGCUGAAAGACAAGAUUGCAAGUGGAACUACUCAAGAGAUCAAGGACACGAUGGCUGCUCUUAACCAAGAAGUGAUGCAGAUUGGUCAGUCGAUGUACAACCAGCCUGGAGCAGGAGCAGCAGGUGCAGGUCCUUCCCCUGGAGGCGAAGAUGCUUCAUCAGCUGAUUCAACCGGGAAAGAUGGCGAUGAUGUGAUUGACGCUGACUUCACAGACAGCAGCAAAUGAUGAAAGAAAUACGGUUUUGAAUUCAUAUAUCCGAUGAAACACAUGAUUUUGUAGGCUUGAUUGGGUUGAGAAACAACGCAUGUGAACACGAAAUGUUUUUACAGAAUGUGUUGUUACGUUAUUCCUGCAUGUUAUUGCCUUCUUUUGGAACUAUAAAUAAGGAUAUUUUUCAAAUGA